UCAAUCUUGAUUUGUGAAUUGUGCUUGACUGCUUCAUGAACGAUCGCUGAUCGCUCAAGUAUUAUACGGUUACACAGAUUGGUGUCUAUUGUUUUAGAAAAUUAUAAAUAAUCGUUCUCAUUCGCUCUUAGACGCUUUCUACAAUCAUCUCGAUUUGAAAAAUACAAAGAUGCCAAACAUAAAAUUACAGUCUUCAGAUAAUGAGAUAUUUGACGUGGAUGUCGAAAUUGCAAAAUGCUCCGUCACUAUAAAGACUAUGUUGGAAGACUUGGGUAUGGACGAUGACGAAGAAGAAGUGGUUCCUCUGCCGAAUGUUAAUUCUGCUAUUCUGAAGAAAGUUAUUCAAUGGGCAACUUACCAUAAGGAUGAUCCACCUCUACCAGAAGAUGACGAAAACAAAGAAAAGCGUACUGAUGACAUUUCCUCGUGGGAUGCCGAUUUCUUGAAAGUUGAUCAAGGCACGUUGUUCGAGUUAAUUUUAGCAGCUAAUUACCUAGACAUAAAGGGAUUGUUGGAUGUGACGUGCAAAACUGUAGCUAAUAUGAUAAAAGGUAAAACUCCAGAGGAGAUUCGGAAAACUUUCAACAUCAAGAAUGACUUCACUGCUGCUGAAGAGGAACAAGUGCGCAAGGAAAACGAGUGGUGUGAGGAGAAGUAAUUAAAUUAGAUUUGAUCUAAGUUUUCAUUUGGUAUUUCUCAAACAAUGAACUUUGAAAUUUAUCAAUAGGGAUAGCCUUUGCUUUUGACAUAAACUGUGUCCGGAGAAAAUAAAAAAUUCCUUCAGUUUAUUGGAAAACUAAUUUAAAUAUAACAAUGUGAUUUUUGUGGAUAGAAAAGGUGUCAGAGUAUCCCAAUUUAUUUAUUUUGUUAAUUUGUAUUAGUACCAGCUGUAAUAAAUUGAUUUUAUCACGUUACUUACAUAGGUAUAUAAAUUUAAGACAAUUGUAAUGUAAACCAUUCUCUUAUAUAAAUAUAAGUAUUUAAAACUAUGUAACAA